AUGAAACGUGAUCUAGUGCUCGCACACAAUUCUGUCCAAACCAACGAGACGAGCGCACGUCGAAAAGCUGAUGAUGCCAGUGCGUGUAGCUCCUCCGCCGCUUCGACGGGUAGUGACAACUAUGACGUGUUAUUGAGCUUAAGUGGUAAGGAUACUCGCAAAACCUUCGCGGAUCACCUCUACAAUGGCCUUGUCGAUGCCGGAAUCCACGUGUUCAGAGACAACAAUGAGCUUCGCGAAGGUGAGAAGAUUGGCACCAACCUUCUCCAAGCCAUUAAAAAUAGUAAAAUCUCGAUCUCGAUUCUCUCUCAAAACUAUGCUUCGAGCAAAUGGUGUCUGCAAGAGCUCGUUGAGAUGACGAAGUGCAUCAAAAGCGGGCACGUUGUCUUGCCCAUAUUUUACCAUGUUGAACCGACCGAUGUGCGAAACCAAAAAGGGAGCUUUGGAGAGGCUUUCUCCUGUUUAAGUAGGAAGUAUUGGGAGGACGUUGAGAAAUGGAAAGUAGCACUUCAAGAAGUAGCUUCCCUAAAGGGAUGGGAAUCGGAGAAAACUGCUGACGGCCAUGAAGGAGAAUUGGUGAAAGUGGUCGUCAAAAAAGUUUUGAGUGAGUUAAAGAAGGCUUUUCAGCUAGUUGUUACCGAGCAACUUGUCGGAAUCGAUAAUGUUGUGGAGAAAAUUUUGAGAUUGUUGGAUGAUAACUCUAGUGCUACCCAAAUUGUUGGUAUAUAUGGAAUGGGGGGCAUCGAUGAUGUGGAUGAUCAUGAACAGAUCAAAGCUUUUGUUGGGAAACAUGGCUGGUUUGCGAUGGGAAGUAAGAUAAUAAUUACCACAAGGAUAAGGACUGUUCUUGAUGAUGCUGGGGUGAACUGCAAGUACGAACUCCAGGAAAUUGCUAAGGAUAAGUCAUUGAUCUUGUUUAGUAGACAUGCUUUUAGGAGGGACUUUCCUCCAUGUGAAUUUGCAUCUCUCUCUCAUGAUGUCGUGUCCACUACUGGAGGGCUCCCCUUAGCCCUUGAGGUUAUAGGUUCGUCUCUGUGUGGGCAGAACCAAGGAUUUUGGCAAGACACCUUAAAGAAGUUGCAGAAAGUACCACAUAAGAAAGUGCGAGAUAAGUUGAUGAUAAGUUAUGACGCAUUAGAAAAGGAGGACAAGCAGAUAUUUUUGGAUAUUGCUUGCUUCUUCAUUGAGAUGAUUUAA